CAUUUGUGAACACACUGCCGGAAUCCAUUUUUCUAUCUUUGUUACAUCAAAAAUUUUGUCUAUCCGAGGCCGUUCGUUUGGUUGAAAUUCGUGUAAACAUUCCUUACGCAAGAUUACGUUACGGUCACGAUUAUUCGGAUCAGUAGAUCAUUGACAACAGUCGGGUGAGGACGAACAAUGGCCGCUGCAGGAAGCACGAGUGCCGGUACAAUUUUGCAGAAACUUGGCUUGAAACCGAUCACGAAAUGUAGCCUCGUCAAAUUUUACGCUCCUGCUUUCGGUGUCGCCUCGUACACAGCGUUGUCUAUUAACGUAAUGAACCCGAGUCUUGUCAUCAGGGUCUUUCCAAAGAAAGAUAUUACAAAUUUCUUAUUGGGAAGUGCUCUUCUUGGCACUGGGUCUUACAUAUAUACUCGUGAUCACUUGAAAACUGCUCCUACAUGUGUAAAAGUUCUGUACAGUACUGCUGGAGCUGUAUUGCUGAGCUUUGGGUCAGUUUUAGUAUGGGCAGUACUUCGAUCUGUUGUACCACCUAAUCCAACUCUAUGUACAGUAAUUGGCAUCAGUUCUGGGCUUGCGUUCAUCAAAGUUGGUUCCAGUUAUCUAAACUUCGUUGAUGAACAGAUACCAAAGAAGUAGAUUAAACGGAGUUUUAUAAUUGAUGUAUGUCAGUGUGUACUAAACGCGUCUAAAGAAAAAAUUUGCAAUAACAUAACAAAAUAGAAUUGAUGACAAAGAUAGAAGAUGUAACAUUAAGCAAAGAAUUCUUGAAAGUUUAUAAAUUUUUAUACUUUCUAUGAUCUUUGCUCUAUAAAUGUUGUAAGAUAACAAGCAAAAUUAUGUUGAGAAUAACCAGAAGUUGCUUUUAUUUUGUGUUUGUUAAUUAUUUGCAAGUUCUGAUAAUUACAAGAAGAACAUAUAAAGCAAAAAUCUAAAUAUUGUUAUCGUAUUUUGCAUGAAAUGUGUAAAUGAUGAAAAACUGAUUCCAUAAAAUGCAAAAUAUAUCUUACAUUUUUUAAUGUAUGAAAUUAUAUAAUUUAUAUUUUAAAAAUUAAAAAAAUAGAAAAAGAAGUGAAAGAAGAAUUUUGUCACAAUUUAAAAUGUUUUUGUAACACGAGCACAUUUUUUAAAACAUAUAUCAUCUUCAUUCAAGUAAUUGAUUAGCAGUAGUGGUAGAAUUGUGCACAUUUCUUCAGCAGUUUUAAUAAAUGUUAGAAAAAAAAUUCAAAGGUUUUAUGUUAUAAUAAAUUAUAUAAUAUUUGGAAUCAGUGUAAGUAUUAACAAAUAAAAGACACAUUACUGAGAAUUAAUUUUAAACCACGACAAAGUGUGUAUAAUUAGCAAAAAUAUACAUGUGUGCACCAUAACAGAAAAUUGUAUUACUUGUACAAUAAAUUCUGUUACAAAUCUAAA